AUGUCUGAACGAAAGGUCCUCACAAAGUACUACCCUCCAGACUUCGACCCGUCGAAAAUCACUCGAUCGCGCGCCCCUAAGCAAGCAGGACCAAAAGUUCAAACUGUACGGUUGAUGGCACCAUUUCCCAUGAAAUGUACAGCCUGCGGAGAGUACAUCUACAAGGGUCGAAAGUUCAAUGCGCGAAAGGAGACUACAGAGGAGAAAUACUACUCGAUACCCAUCUACCGAUUCUACAUUCGAUGCACACGAUGUUCCGGAGAAAUCACCUUCAAAACUGAUCCGAAGAACAUGGAUUACGAAUGCGAAAGAGGGGCAAAGCGGAAUACGGAACCAUGGCGAAUGAAUGGCGGCGGAAAGCAGGAGAGUGAUGAGGAGAGAUUGGAUCGAUUAGAGAGGGAGGAAGAGGAAAAGAACGCCAUGCAGGAGUUAGAGACCAAGACCCUUGAUGCGAAGAGAGAAAUGGCUGUUGCAGAUGCGCUCGACGAGAUUCGAACACGAAAUGCGAGGAAUGAGCGGAUGGGCAAGGAUGGAGUGGAGGUCACAGUAACGAGAGAGACUAUUGACGAGGAAAAGAAACGGCAAGAACAAGAAGAUGAAGAGGCGGCAAGGAGGGCGUUUAUGCGACAGCAUGAAGCUAUGGAGGAAAUCAUUGAGGAUGAGGAUAUGUCCGAGGAAAUCGCUCCACCAAUCACGAAGGAAGCUGCUCUUGCGAUGCCGCCACCAAGCUUUAAGAGGGUGGUCAAAAAGAAGAAAGAUCAUGCUGCGGCAUUAGGAAUUAAGAAGAAGAAGCCGUUAGUCUGA